AUGCGUCAACUGACUGAAGAAGAAACUAAGGUAAAAAUCACCCCGCUGAUCAACUUUAUGGCCUUUGUAAUAAUUCUUGUUUUUGAUCAGACUCUUUUCACCAAAUUGGCAAACUAUGUCGGUCGCGGAAUUACACAGCUGAUUCAACCUCCCUCCGAAGAUGCUUCUCAGCUUCAGACUGAUCAGUAUGUAUUCCGGCUACAAGGAAGCCGUGUCUACUACAUGCCUUUGAGACUGGCCAAUCUGGCUGUCUCGAUCCCAAGAGAUAACCUUCUUUGUGUUGGCACUCAAAUCGGAAAGUUCACUAAGACCGGUAAAUUCCGUCUCAAUAUCACCGCGCUGGAUGUCAUUGCUCCUUACGCUCGUUAUAAGGCUUGGAUCAAACCCAAUGGCGAAAUGCCAUGGCUCUACGGUGGAAAUGCCUUGAAGGCACACAUUGGACGAUGGAGCGAGGACUGCCCCGAACACACUGGUGUCGUGGUUUUCUCGAUGGAUGAUAAACCUCUUGGUUUCGGUGUGACUGCUCGCUCCACCGCCGAAGCACGUAAACUCGAACCGACUUCUACUGUCAUCUUUCGUCAAGCAGAUUGUGGAGAGUGGCUCCGUGAGGAGGAUACCCUGUUCACUACCUAG